AUGUCCAACUUUUCUAAACGUGAAGAUAGUCCACCCGUCUCUGAUGAGAAGGGUGGCUUUAAGGCUCCAGUCGUCGACACUCCUGUCUCUGAUGUCGCUGGCCUUGGUUACGGAUCUGAGGAUGGCCAGGCCAACGAUGCCGCACUUUUACUGCGCACUGACAUUUGGAUUAUGCCCAUGAUGUUCAUUCUCAAUUUUGGAGCUGCUCGUAUGGACACUCUUGGAGUUGCAAUGAUGGGUUUCCCAAACACAGACUACUGGGUAUCCGUCCUUGUUUUUUUCAUCGGCUAUAUCAUAUUCCAGCUACCUGCGGCGCUCCUAGUCCGUCGUUACCAUCCUCGUUUCUUCCUUUUUGCUAUUGUGUUCUUAUGGGGCAUAGACGGAGGCAUCGCCGUCGCAUUUGUGAAGAACUGGCAACAGCUUGCCGUAGUUCGUGCUAUUCUCGGAGGGCUUGAGAGCGGUUUCUUGUCCGUCUGCACGCUUCUUAUUACCUGCUGGUACACUCGCUUCGAACUUGGUCUCCGUAUGACGAUUUUCUACCAAGGUGUGACUAUAAAUCAGGCGGCGGCUCCCAUCUUGGCCUACCUUGUUGGGCUUAUGGAAGGCAUCGCGGGAUUAAAAGGCUGGCAAUGGAUAUUCAUUAUUUUCGGUAUUAUUAUUAUCAUAAUCGCAUGCAUCUCGUUAGUCUUCGUCCAGAACUUCCCUGAGCGCGCCACAUUCUUGAGCGAAGACGACCGCAAGCGAGUUCUCGACCGCCUCGAGGAGGAUCGAAACGAUCACAUUGUCUGUGACGCGCACGUCUGGGAAAAGAUCCUCUACCACUUCCGAUGCUGGAUGAUUUGGGCACUCGGUUUGGCCUAUGGCUGUGCCAACGUCUCAGUCACGGCUUUACCCACGGUCGGGGUCGCCCACCUGGGAUCGUUAGGAUAUACCCCUGCGGGAACUUCGGCGUUGGCCAUCGCACCAUGGGUUGUGGGAGCGAUCGUCGCCAUUACUGCCUCGUGGCAUUCCGAUCGUACUCGCAUGCGUUCCCCUUAUAUCCUUCUCGGUGCCGUAAUGUGCGUCGUUGGAUUUGGAUGCAUGCUCAGCAAGAAUGUUGGAGCCUCCGUGUUUGGUACUUUCCUGGCUAUUGCAGGAAGCGCGACGCAACUUCCUCUAAUCAUGGUCAUGCUUCAAAAUAACGUCCGCGGAACCUGCAAGCGUGCUGUUGCGGGCGCGAUCACUCUGGGCUUUGGAGCCAUCGGAUACAUGGCUUCGGCCAGUCUCUUCACUUCAUCGAGUGCUCCCUUGUAUCGCCAAGGAUGUAUUGCCUCGAUUGCCAUGCAAGCUGGUUAUUUGUGA